AUGCAAAUUGUUGCGUGGGCCCGGCUCCUGUUGACACGGAGGCUUGCAGGGCGCUCUGCCGCUGGGAGCAGAACGGGGUCAGGUUGCUGUAACCUUACCACGGGGGGUGCCUCUCAGUGCCCAGAGGUUCCUUGCUGCAGUGUGUUACUGAGCUGUGACUGGUCCCUGCCUGGGGAUCGAGUUCUCAAGAUGGAAGACAAGAAGAAGAAGAGGAGUCCGAAGCCUGGCUUAGCUCAGCCUGUGUCGUCCAGCGCUCUGCGCAAGCUGCCCGUCCCCACCAGCAAAAGCACCACCUUCUCUCUGGGGCUGCCUCACCUGCCCUCACCAAAGCAACGGGCCAAAUUCAAAAGGGUGAACAAGGAGAAAUCUCGUCUGCCUCAGCCUGGGGGCAGUGGGGGCGCAGCACUGGGGGCCCCUCUGCAGCACUCCUUCCUGACCGACGUCUCGGACGUUUAUGAGAUGGAGGGUGGGCUGCUGAACCUACUCAAUGACUUCCACUCGGGCAAACUGCAGGCCUUUGGGAAGGAGUGCUCCUUCGAGCAGCUGGAGCACGUCCGGGAGAUGCAGGAGAAGCUGGCGCGCCUGCACUUCAGCCUGGAUGUCUAUGUGGAGGAGCUCUCUGAGGACCAGAAGAAGACGGUGGCAGAUAGUAACCUAGAUCAGCUGCUGACUAAUUUGGAAGAGCUCAGCAACUCCAUCCAAAAGCUGCACCUAGCGGAGAAUCCAGACCUGGAGGACGCUGCCGCUGCCACUGCCUAGCUGAAAAGGCUGCUUGGUCCC